UACAGAAGCCACAACUAGAGCUCCACACAGAUCUGAUAUUUAUUACUUCUGCUAAUUAUUAAUAGAUAUUGUCAAAAUGAAUAUGCUUAUUGAGGUUGUAGCGCUUUUUCUAGGUUUUGUUAGUUGGAUAAUGAUUUUUAUAUCGCUACAAGAUCAAUAUUGGAGGGAAUCCACCCAAGACGGGAGCGUAAUAUUAACUUCUGCAAUCUAUGAGAAUCUAUGGAUGUCUUGUGCGAGUGACUCAACAGGAGCAUAUAACUGUCGUGAAUUUCCAUCCCUUUUUGCUCUUCCAGGGUACGUUCAGGCCUCCCGAGCAUUGAUGAUUGCUUCCAUGGUGUUUGGGACAUUUGGUCUUGCAGCUACACUUGCAGGAAUGAAGUGCUCAAAAAUAGGUGGAGAAAACUACACCUUGAAAGGCAAGGUUGCUGCCAUUGGAGGAGUGCUUUUUCUACUGCAAGGGCUUUGCACCAUGAUUGCUGUCUCUUGGUAUGCAGCAAACAUCACCCAGCAGUUCUUUGAUCCACUCUUCCAAGGGAUAAAGUAUGAGAUUGGAGAGGGCCUGUAUAUAGGCUGGGGUUCAGCCAUACUUGCCAUUUGUGGAGGUUCAUUUCUGCUGUGUACCUGCAGAAUGACUGACAAUAAAAUAAUAACAUACCCAUACCAGCCACCCUCAGGAGGACACAUGCUGUCAACUGUGGCAACCUCUGAGCCUGUACCAAGCAACUAUGAAAGAAAUGCAUAUGUCUAAGAGGUUAAUGUGUAGGAGGGAAAGUAGGCAGAUUUGGAGUCUUUCUUGAAGAGAUAAUGAAGAGUUAGUUCAUCUGUAUCCCAGGAGAUGGCAGCAUUUAUAUUGGAACACACUAAUUCUGAGCAGGAUUUUGUUGAU